AAGGAUAGCCAUGAAUACCCUCCCAGGCGGCCUAGGCUUGGCCACAUCUGGGAAAGAACACAAUCGGGUGGUGUCUGGUUCGAACAUCAGGAGGUCAACCCUGAAAAGAAAAGGCGGUCAUCUGCGAGUACCUCAAAGAUGCACACAAGUCGAUCAGAUCAGCUCCCCGUUCGGACUGAACAAACUCCGUUAAAGCCUCCAGCACCAACACAUGCCUCAAUUCCCAAGAUAUAUGGUUUCAGUAACAUCAAAGUGGAAACCUCCUUUACGGAUUCCAACCACAAACAAGAAGAAGCAGAGACAGAAAAUAAUGGGAGUCGGACUGAGGUCGUCGGAGAAUCUCACAAGUCUCGCCGACGUUCGAUCAAGCUCAAGGAUCUUUUGUGCACGCCGCUCAACCUCAUCAAUCGAAUUAGCUUGUCAAAAGUAGCUCCGAAGAUUACCUUUUCCAGGGUGUCAGAGCAAAGCCCUGAGCAGAGACAGGAUUCACGAAUGGCUGAUCACUCCUCACUCUUGAAGCGCAACUAUACCUCUGAGGCACUUCAGUGGGUUACGGCAAUACUUCAGGAUGGAAAGCACAAUAAUUCGGGCUCCACACGGUUACCAGUUAUCAAACCACUCAAGGCGAGGGUAGAGACCGGAAGAUCAACCGCUCGUCGAUAUGUUAGUCCACAUACAGUAGAAGGAAUCACAUCCCAAUGUACCAUGGUGCAAAGGAAGAGCCAAGAAGCACUUUCUGAUGCUCCGUCAUAUACAUCCAGUCAAAUCAAUAUGAGGAUGGGACCACAACCAGCCAAUACUCCAGAUGAGCAGGCUACUUACAAAAUCAAGAGAAGUCCAAGUGCUGAAACGGAAGACUUCCUCAAAGUUGAUAUCAGCAUCCGGGGUGGAACAAGCUACUUACCAAGCGAGGCGAGAAGAAUUCAGACACCACCUCUGCCUGAGGAGACUCAAGAUGGCAGGCUGAAAGGGUUUUUCUUCGACUAUAAUGCCCCGAGGAGUGAAGGUAGUGCGUGUGCCGUGCGCGAGGGUAUUAGCCCAGCGACUUAUGGAGAAGCCGCGCGAAGUCAGUCUGCAACUGCGACUCAGAAACUGGGAAAGACGAGAAGCGGAAAACGCAAACGACUUCGCCGAGGGGACUGGUAUGAUGUCAAGCUUGCUGAACUGGAUGUUACCGACGAAGGAGAUCCGGAUGCAAAGCGUCACGACAGCACCGCCGACUGCGGCGCGUCUUCUCUACCAGCAUUCUUGCAGUGCCAGAAGAGGGAAGAAGAGGAAAGAUUUGAUUACACGAUCCCGGAGCAUCUUCCAAGUAGUCCGUUAUGUCCGAGGCAUCCUCGAUACUGGCGCGUCGUAAAGGGCAAGGGUAGCCAAUUCCGUGGAUGUUGGAUGCAUGGCAUUGGC